GGCGGAUCACGGAAGGGGAGCGGAGCGGCGGCUGAGGCGCCCCCUGUAGCUCCAGUUCAAGAUGAUGAGCUUAGAUUGUCACUUAGCAUAGGUGUAAAUGAGAGCACAAGGUCAACAGCUCUGGAGGAUCAAUUCCAUGAUUUUUAAAUAAGUUCUCCUUGUAUAAUUGUUCACUUCACUUCCUGCUCUUGGAGCUAUUCAAAUCUCUUUUUUCCAGAGGCAGAAUUAUACCUUUCAACUACAUCCAUGUUGUACAUUUAAGUGUGUCAGCAUAGUUAGUGCUAUCAGGAUGAGCCAGUUCUGUAGAUCACAGACGAAAUUUUAAAAAAUGGUAAUUGGUAGUUUGUGGGAAGCCUUUUUAUUUUAAUUUGUGGAUAAAAGAAAGUCAAGAAUGGGUAAAAAAAUUAAAAAGGAAGUGGAGCCUCCACCCAAAGAUGUGUUUGAUCCUUUAUCAGUUGAAAGCAAGAAAGCUGCAACAGUGGUGCUGAUGCUCACUUCCCCUGAAGAAGAAGUUUUGUCUAAAGCAUGUGAAGCUCUCUAUAAAUUUGCAGCAAAAGGUGAAGAAAAUAAGCUGACUCUUCUUGAGCUUGGAGCCUUGGAGCCUUUAUUUAAAUUAGUCACACAUGAAGACCCUGUUGUCCGCAGAAAUGCCACCAUGGUACUUGGCAUCAUGGCUUCUCAUAAUGAUGUGAAAAAAUCAUUAAGACAGCUCGAUGUCACAAGUGCAUUUAUUGCUCGCUUGGCACCAGAAGAAGAUGUAGUCAUCCAUGAAUUUGCCAGCCUUUGUCUGGUACACAUGGCAGUUGAAUAUAACAGUAAAGUGCAAAUAUUUGAGCAAGGUGGGCUAGAGCCGCUUAUCAGACUGCUAGGAAGUCCUGAUCCUGAUGUUAAGAAGAAUUGUGUUGAAUGCAUCUAUAACAUGGUACAGGAUUUUCAGAGUCGUGCUGCAAUUCGUGAACUAAAUGUGAUUCCUCCUUUGUUGGAUCUUCUGAAGUCUGACUAUCCAAUUAUUCAGUUGUUGGCUCUCAAAACUUUAGGUAUCAUUAGUAUUGACAGGGAAACUAGAGUGAUGCUAAGAGAACAUCAAGGACUAGACCAUCUUUUCAAGAUACUUGAAACUAAGGAAUUUAAUGAUUUACAUGUGGAAGCUCUUGGAGUGGUGGCAAAUUGUCUUGAGGAUGUGGAUACUAUGCAAUUGAUUCAGGAGACAGGGGGUCUCAGAAAACUACUUGCCUUUGCUGAAGUUUCUACUCUCACAGAUUUUCAGAAGAAUGCAGCAAAGGCCAUUGCUAAAGCUGCUUAUGAACCUGAAAACAGAAAAAUCCUGAAUGAACAAGAAGUUGAGAAAUGUCUUGUCACCCUUUUGGGAACAGAUAAUGAUGGAACUAAAAUAGCUGCUUCUCAAGCAAUCUCUGCUAUGUGUGAAAAUUUGGCUAGCAAACAAACGAUUGGAACUCUAGGAAUUCCCCAGCUAGUUCAGUUGCUAAGCAGCGACAAUGAAGAGGUAAAGGAAGCUGCUGCUACUGCUGUAGUUAAUCUGACAACAGCCCAUCUUGGCAAUGCAAGUGCAGUUGCUGAAGCUGAUGGUAUUGAGCCACUGAUCAGCCUUCUGAGUGCUAAGAGAGAUGGGGCCGUGGCUAGCGCUGCUACCGUUCUCACAAACCUGGCCAUCCAGGAGCCAUUGCGUCUCAGCAUCCAGAGCCACGGUAUUAUGACUGCAAUUGUAGAACCACUACAUUCCACCAACAGCAUAGUGCAAAGCAGAGCAGCUCUUGCUGUGGCUGCAAUCGGUUGUGAUGCUGAUGCAAGGACUGAGUUACGGAAUUCAGGUGGGCUUGAGCCUCUUGUGAAGCUCCUACAUUCUAAGCAUGAUGAAGUCCGAAGAAAUGCCUGUUGGGCUGUUAUGGUUUGUGCGGGAGAUGUACUAACAGCAGCUGAAAUGACCAGGCUAGGUGCAUUAGAUAUUCUUGAAGAUAUUAACCUGUCUAUUGGGCGCAAAAAUAACUUCAGUGAAGCAGCUUUGGAUAAAAUACUUGAUCACAACCUUCCCCAGAAAUAUAGUCAAAUGGGUUUUUUAACAUCCAGCAACAUAAUAGCAGAUGGGUUCUACGAUUAUGGUCAGGUAAAACCUGGUGUCAAGCUACUGUCACUGGAGGAACUCAGCACACAGGAGCUUAAUGAUCAUCGUGCUAUAAUCUUAAUAUAUGCUAAAUCACCAGAACUUGAAGUUGCAGCUCCUCCUGUUCCAGCAGAGGAAAAAUCACAAGAGGCUCCUAGUGCCCGAGUUGGGUCCUCCGUCAGCAGUACUACCAGAAAAAUUAGUAGAGAAAGAGCCAGCUCAGUGGAGGACAAGCCAGAAUCUCCAGGACGGUCUUCUUCAAUCAGUAAAGGAAGCAGUAGAGAGAAAGGAUCAAGAAAGGGGAAAGGCAAAAAGGAAGAAGAAAAACCCAAAGAAGAAGAAAUAGAGCCAGUGAUGCCUAAAAUAGUUGAAGAAGUUCCUGAAAAGGCGUUAUGGUUCCCCCCUGUUGAUUCCAUCUUGAUGGAUUACAUCACUGAGGUUUCUAAAACAAUUCUGCCACUAGCGACCACCAAGGAACAGGUUGUAGCCCUUGCACAGUUUGUUGCAGACAAGAUGGGUGGUCCAAUCGAAAGAGACAGAUUACAUGAAUUCAGCUGGGAACUUCAUAUAAGCGAAAUUGAAUUUGAACUGAAAUGCAAUGUUGUGCCUGUUGGGAAGAUCAACAAAGGGACCUUCUACCACAGGGCUUUGCUUUUCAAGGUUCUAGCAGACAGAAUUGGUAUUGGCUGCAGCUUAGUCCAUGGAGAAUACAACAGAGGAUGGAAUGAAGUGAAAUUAGUUGAUGAUUCUCCCUUGGGAAUACCUGGACUUCUGCUUCCCCCUCAAGUAUAUAUUGUAGAUCUCAUGUACCAGCCAGGCAACCUGAUGAAAGAAGGCAGUCCUGAGUCAGAUCACUAUAGGCGUAUUUAAUUAUCUUCCCAGAGCUCUUUGAAAUCAAAAGCUGCAAAUUAGUUUUAUUAUGUAUACGCAGAGAGGUUUGUAGGGCUUAUUUUCAAAGUUAGGCUGGGUGCCAGCUAUAACACCUUUACAUGCACUGAUGAGUCGAUAUGCGACUGGGUCUUUUAUUGUCCUACUUGGAGGUUCUGAACUCCUGACUUUUGUUCUCAGAAAAAUAUUUUGGCGUCUCUCAGAAUUUCAGGACAAGCUUGCUCAUAUUUUUGCUGCAUCUUUUAGAAUAAAAUGCAAAUAUCUGGAAAGUAAAGUGGUGGUUAAUUUAUGCUUUAUAAGUUGUGUUUUAAAAUUCACAGUCCACCAGGACAUUUGCUGUCACUUAUGUCAAAAGGUCUGUUUUUUCCAUGUCAAUAUAGCUGGAACAGAAGUUCUUGUAUUAUACAGUACCUUGUGUUUGCUAUAGAUUAACAGGUCUGUUCUCUUCCCUUUUUUCUGUUAUGAUUAUGCAAUUUCCAUUAACUAUUAUUGAAAAUGACAUAGAACUGAAACACAAAAAAUAGACUAUCUUAGAGCCGAACUAGAUGUGAUAGGGCAGUGAUAAAUGUUCAUGUACCUUCCCUGUUCCUAUAUGAAAAAGAGUCUUAUUUUUUACAUUAAAUGGAGCAAGAAGGGCAGAGAAGUGAAAAUAUUCCUCCACCUCUGCUUUAACCUGCCGUGAUCUGCUGCUUGACAUACUCUUCUCCCAGCACUGUUCCCAUAAUGGAAGUUAACUGAACUGGGGGCAACAGGAAGAGGGAAUGGCAGAUCACAGUCAAGUAUGGUGGCAGAGAGAGCAGGGUUUAAUUCCCCAUCCCUGUGUUCCAUAAACCUACAUUCAUCCCUUUUUAUUUGUGAAUGGGGGAGACAUGAAGCUUGUCUCUAAGAAUCCCUAAUGGAAUGGAAACCAGCCACAGAAAAUGGUGAUGUGUGCGCUGAUGCCAGAGCUGUAUCCUAGCAUCCAACACUCAGGUCUGCUGGAUGGGAGGGUGUGAAUACUGCUAAUAGUUGGCACUGUUAGCGUAACAGUGCUGCUCAUAUGCUGGGGAAGAAAAAAGUUAGGCGCCCUUUCCCCCUUUACACACUAUGCAUGGGGAGGUGGAUUUAGGAUCACCAUUUCUCCAAACAGGAUUUGCUGCCCAAGAUGUGAUGUGAUGCCACUAGCUUUGAUGACUUUAAAAAGGGAUUAGCCAAAUUCAUGGAGAGAGAAAAAAGUCUUAUCAAACUGUAUAAUGAAAAAACAUGAUUUUGUUUUACUCAAGAUGUAAGGCAAAUACUAUAUUAAGAAUUUUUUCCAUAUAAAUAAAUGAUCAGCAGUAUGAAUCUAAGUUAGUUGAUAUGGCAGAAGUUUAUCAUUCAUUUUUUUGCUGCAUUCUACUUUUUCCCUAGAACCAUUUUAUGCUAUACAAUUCAGCUGACACUCUUAAAAUUUACCAGGGCACCAAUAGGCUAUACAUUCUGUGUUGAGGUUGGCCAUAUCCUUAAUAAAAUCAGACUUCAAAUUUAUCCUUGUAAAAAUCAAAUUAUUCUACAGAAUGACUUAGUGUAAUCAGAACAAGCACUUCAUUUUAUAGAUCCAACUGAUAUCUCUAGAAGUAGGUAUAACCAUAAUUCCUUUUAGCUGUUUUUUAUUUGAUUGGAAAUAGAGGAUUGAAUUACUGAUUCAGACCCUUUUUAUUUUUAGUUGUAGUUUAAGUGGACAUUUUCAGGCUAAGUUUGGGGUUACCACAGUGUGGGUCUGCACAACAAAUGUCAUAAAAUUCUGAUGAAAACAGAAAAGGAAGUGAAAAUUGUUUUCCUGUUCUUCUGUGGUCAGAAAUGGAAAUCAGUGAAGUGAAUAUGAUCAUUAUUCAUUCACAUUGGCUGUGUACACACUAUACAUUUAAAGCGCUCUCCCAAGAAUCCUGGGAAAUGUAGUUUGUUAAGGGUGCUGGGAAUUGUAGCUCUGUGAAGGGCAAAAUCUAGUUCCCAUGAUUGUUUGGGUGGGUGAAAUGUGCUUUAAAUGUAUGGUGUGUAGGGAUGGGGUUUGCUAUCUGAUUACACUUCAUUUUUCAAUUUGUCAAAUGGGCUGCCAGUUACGAUUCGCCAUAAAUUGUGUUCCUCUAGUUAUUUUGAUUCCUGGUUCUCCUUUUUUUCAUUAUUUUUUCUGAAAAAUUACUGAAUUUUUUCUGUUAUUCCU